GGCAAAAAUUGGAGAUGUAAUAAUCUCUCAGAUAACUUAGGUGUAGCUACUUUAACUGCUGUUCGAGCAAUAGGUGCUGGAAAUGGUGGUAAUCAGAUUGGUGGUUUGAAUACUGCAGGAGAGUUUCAAAACAAAGCUGGAGCAGAAAUUGGUAGAAUUGGAGCAGGUCUUGGACAACUUCUUUAUCUAUUUAGUACUUCUUAUACGACAGUUAAACACUUAAAACAAAUGGCAGUUUUUGGUCAACUCAUGCAAAGAGAUAUGGGUGUUGAAGAGUUCUCUACUCAAAUCAAAAAGAUUGCCAAUCCCUACAUAGACAUUAACAAAUCAGGAAUGACUAAAACUGAAAUCAUGGAUUUGAUAAAAACCGCAAUGGCAUCCUCAGAGUCUCAAACGGCUCAACAAAAUGCUGAUUUGCAUUCUACCAUUAAAUCCUUUCAAGAGACUAUGUCUCAAGCAACUAAAACUCUAGAUAAUA